GUUAGCUUCUAAUGGCCUAUGUUCCUCCAAGAGUGCCUACAAAAUGCUGGCAAUUGAAGAGACAACAAACUCUCCACCAAUUAACAUUCCCAUGCAGGUCCUACAGAUCCUUCGUCAAGUGUGGGUCGACAAGACAAUCCAACCAAGGGUCAAGACGUUUGCUUGGAGCUUUGCCAGGGCAGUAUGGUUUGGAUCAGCGCUAGGCCUCAGAGCGGAUGCUUUGCCAUCAUCAGGACAUGGUCUCCAUAUCCAGGUAGCCACAAUCCUACAGCAAGGCCAAUCUCUAUCCACCACAGGCCUGAUUUUUUCUAUCAUGUGGUGCCUCUGGAAAUCACGUAACGAUCACAGGUUCAACAAUGCACAUUGGUCGGUUGCUAGAGUGCUUCAUGAGGCUGUAGCUAUAGACAGAUCUUACAGUCUGGCCAUGGAAGAAGACUUAUCCCUUUCUAAUACUCCUGCGCAUCAAGCCAACCAACAAUGCUUACAUCUAGGUACAAGACCUGCAACUGUCACUAUUCAAUUACAGGAUGGGCCAAAAAUCUUUUGUGAUGCCUCUGUUUGUACACAACCUCCUCCAAAUGCAAACCAAACAGGCAUAGGUAUUUUCAUACUCACGAAUCCAACAAAUAGUGUCUGUAAUGCAUCUUUUCUUCAGGUUGCCGUUCCAAAAAUCAUCGACCCACUGGAGGCGGAAGCACAAGCUCUCCUAUUAGGAGCCAAAGUAGCUCUUGCAUUGAACUUGCAGGUGGCCAACUUGCUUACUGACAAUCAGAUCGUGGCGACGGCUGCACAAGAAGGAUCACUACUCCAUAAUCCAGGUCAUUGGUCUCUCAGACCAAUACUUGCGGACCUUGCAGAAGCCACAAGAAGAAUGCAUUACUCAAUUAUCAAGAUUGGAAGAGAAGCCAACAAGGUUGCAGACAAGCUCGCGAAGCAGGCAAGACAAGCCCCAAUUCCAAGUUCUUGCCUUUACUCAUGCGAGGCUCUAGGGCAUUCUCAAAAUUGUAUUGUGCAGAUGGCACUACAAAACUUUCAAUGGGGCAUGUUUUGUCCCAUCUCUGUACUUUGCUUAUGAGUGAUGAUUAAUAAAAUACUUACUGUUUCAAA